AUGGUGGUUUUGAGUGCGUUAAGGUCGUCCUGUUGGCAACGAUGUAUAACAUUUCGAUUGUCAGGGAGCUCCAAACUGUCCCAACCGUUACUAAGGACUUCUGGUGUCUCCAAAGAAGUUGUCCAACGUAUGGGUGCCCAUAAGCACGUCAUGGAGAUUACACCUAGCAGAUUUGAAUGGGUACGGUUUAAAAAUGAAUUGCAUUUCUAUGUUAUGCUCGGUGCUGUCCCACUUGGCUUACUGACACUCUUUGUCAACCUUUUCAUAGGAAAAGCAGAAUUAGCUGACAUCCCAGAAGGAUACGAACCAAAAGAAUGGGAAUAUUCCUCAUCUCCAAUCACACAGUUUAUCCAUAAGAUGUGGUUUGAACCACUGCAAAAAUCCUACGAAAAGAAAAUGCAUGUCCUGCAUAUUGAAAAUGAGAAGAGAAAGCAAUUGAAAUUGGAAGCUCGUGUCAAAGAUAUGAUGCGCCAGAACCAAGACUACAUGGGUUGGUAUUACAUCCCUGUCAGCAAGAGCCUGAUUGACAGAGGCAGGGAAUACAGAGAAAAUGUCACCAAAGAUCUUGGCAGGUCCUAA